GGGAGUGUAUCUCUCAUUAUCUCGUUAUCAAGCUUGGUGAAUUGCCAAGAUUGCAAUCCUGCGUUUUCGCUGUAGUAGCGCAGCCAGCUACUGUUGAGGUGCCUGCAUACUCGCUCCAGCUGUCGGUCUGUUUACGGAGACAAGUUAGCGAGCUUAGCCAGGAGCCAUUCUGUUUUAACGUUUGUAAACUGCCAAUGGAGAUUUUACUGACAAGCAAGUGAGCUGAUUCCACACGUAGCAGUCCUGACGGAUACAGAAGGCAGGGCAUUCUCCGGCUGUCAAACUAGAAGGGUUCGGUCCUGAAUGGCAAAAUGAGAAAAAUCGUUAGCUCGCUAGAUGGUUUGCAAGGGGAAAAUAUUCAAAUGUUGGUGCUAGCAAGCACGUAACCGUCUUGUGCAAGUUCCCCGAAGAAAGACAAUGCGUGUCACUGAUAGACGCCUUCGGUAUUUUAUGUUUUAGCUGCAUAAUCGAAUGUUUACAAUUGGCUAACCGGUGUUAGCUGCUAUCUGGCUAUCUGGCGUAUCUAGUACGCUAAGCAGACGGGGCAGGUUGUUAUUUUCUGGGAGUAAAAAAAAAAAAAAAACCACAAAAAAAAAAAACGGGCCGAUAAAGAAGAUGGGGUCGGUGUUCCGGAGCGAAGAGAUGUGCAUGGCCCAGCUGUUUCUCCAGUCUGGCUCGGCGUACGACUGCAUCAGUGAACUAGGAGAAAUGGGUCUGGUCGAAUUCCGAGAUCUCAACCCCAGCGUCAGUGCUUUCCAGCGCAAGUUUGUAAGCGAGAUCAAGAGGUGCGAAGAGAUGGAGAGGAUUCUGGGGUACCUACUGAGGGAGAUCCGGAAGACGGGGAUCCCUCUGCCAGACAUGGAGGUCAGCCCGGGGGCCCCACUUCCCAAACAGGUCCUGGAGAUAAUGGAGCGGCUGCAGAGGCUGGAGCUGGAGCUGUGCGAGGUGGCCAGAAACAAGGAGAAGCUGCAGAAGAACCUUCUGGAACUGACUGAGUACGACCUCAUGCUGAAAGUCACCCGCGGGUUCAUGCGCCGCAGCGAGCGCGACCAACUGGGCCCCCGGUAUGAGGAGUUCCCCUUCCUGGACAAGGACUCUGUGACUGGCUGUACCAGCAUGCAGCGACUGGGGGCCAAACUGGGGUUCAUCUCCGGCCUCAUCCAGCGCGCCAAGAUGGAAGCUUUUGAGCGCAUGCUGUGGAGAGCGUGCAAAGGCUACACCAUCCUCAGCCACACCGAGCUGGAUGAGUGCGUGCAGGACCCCGACACGGGUGAAUUCACUAAGAGUGUGGUCUUUCUCAUUUCCUUCUGGGGGGAUCAGAUUGGCCAGAAGGUUCAGAAGAUCUGUGACUGUUACCACUGUCACGUGUACCCCCACCCGGAUAGUGCAGAGGAGAGGGAGGAGGUGAUGGAGAGCCUGAAGACCCGCACACAGGACCUGCAGACGGUCCUCCACAGGACGGAGGAGUACCUGAGGCAGGUGCUGGACAAGGCGUCCGAGUCGGUCUGCACCUGGGUCAUCCAGGUGCAGAAGAUGAAGGCCAUCUACCACAUCCUCAACCUGUGCAGCUUUGACGUCACCAACAAGUGUCUGAUCGCCGAGGUGUGGUGUCCCGUCAACGACCUGGCGGCCCUGCGGGGGGCGCUAGAGGAGGGCUCGAGGAAAAGUGGUGCCAGCAUCCCUUCUUUUGUCAACCGCAUCCCUAGCAAUGGGACCCCCCCCACUCUCCUGAGGACCAACAAGUUCACCUCGGGGUUCCAGAACAUCGUGGAUGCCUACGGCGUGGGCAGCUACCGGGAGGUCAACCCAGCCCCCUACACCGUGGUCACGUUCCCCUUCCUGUUCGCGGUGAUGUUCGGGGACCUGGGUCAUGGCGUUGUCAUGGUGCUGUUCGCCCUCUGGAUGGUUCUGUGUGAGAAGGACCCGAAAGUGAAGCGCAGCAGAAACGAGAUCUGGAAGAUGUUCUUUGAAGGACGCUACAUGAUCCUAAUGAUGGGGCUCUUCUCCAUCUACACGGGCCUCAUCUACAACGAGUGCUUCUCCAAACCGCUCAACAUCUUCAGCUCCGGGUGGAGUGUGAGAGCCAUGUUUACAGAGCUGCAGUGGACGAAUGAAACUCUUUGCACAAACCCCCUGCUCACCCUUGAUCCCAAUGUCACUGGUGUCUUCAAUGGGCCCUAUCCGUUCGGCAUUGAUCCAAUUUGGAACAUGGCAACCAAUCGGCUGAGCUUCCUCAACUCCUACAAGAUGAAGAUGUCUGUAAUUCUGGGGGUUCUUCACAUGACUUUCGGGGUCGUUCUGGGAGUCUUCAACCAUCUGCACUUCCGGCAGAAGUUGAACCUGUACCUGGUGUUCCUGCCGGAGCUGCUGUUCCUGCUCUGUCUGUUUGGGUACCUGGGCUUCAUGAUCGUGUACAAGUGGCUGGCCUUCUCCGUCACAGACUCGCGCACAGCGCCCAGCGUCCUGGUGCACUUCAUCAACAUGUUCCUGAUGAAGGGCGACGGCGAGCCCGCCCUGUAUCCCGGCCAGAUGGGGGUGCAGGUGCUGCUGCUGAUGGUGGCUGUGCUGUCUGUCCCUGUGCUGCUGCUGGGAAGCCCCAUACAUCUGUACUGGCUGCACCACGGGGGCCGGAGUCAGGGCUCAUACCGCGGCUAUGAGAGAGUACAGAGGGGCAGUGUGGAGGAUCUGUCUGUGACUAUGGCCCAGGACAUGGAGGAGGGGGUCAGUCACAGCGACCACUCCACCAGCCGGGAGGCUCAGCCAGAGUUUGCUCUCGGGGACGUGCUCCUUCACCAGGCCAUCCACACCAUAGAGUACUGCCUGGGCUGCAUCUCCAACAGCGCCUCCUACCUGCGGCUCUGGGCACUGAGCCUGGCCCACGCUCAGCUGUCGGAGGUGCUGUGGGACAUGGUGAUGCGGCUGGGUUUCCGUGGAGACUCGGGCGGGGGGGCGGUGCUGCUGGCGCUGGUGUUCAGCCUGUUCGCCGUCCUCACCGUGUCCAUCCUGCUGCUGAUGGAGGGGCUGUCUGCCUUCCUGCACGCGCUCAGACUGCACUGGGUGGAGUUCCAGAACAAGUUCUACAGUGGGACCGGCAUCAAGUUCAUCCCUUUCGAUUUCUCACUGCUGCCGUCCGGACUGGACCAGGACAUGCUGAUGGGAGAGGGCUCCGUGCUGUAA